UCUGCCCUCCCCCAGCCUCCCCCGAGCCUUCCCCCGAGCCUUCCCCCGAGCCUCCCCCCGGGCCUCCCCCGAGCUUUCCCUACUUGCCCUUUCUUCGUCUUACUCCGCAUGGAUCCCCGCCCGGCCACCGCGCCCGUCAUGUUUGACGGGCCGCCUCCCGAGGAGGAGUGCUCCGGCUGGCUGUCGGACGAUCACGACGAUGACACCUGCGCCUUGGCCAUCCGCUUCUAUGGGCAAUUCCCCACCUAUGCCGAACUCUGUGCUCUGUUGCAUUUGCGCCUGACGCCGGCCGGCGAGUCGGUCAGCCUCGACCCUCGUACGGCUGACAUUGACCGAUGUCUGGGUCUGCUGGAGGAGGCCGAGGACCCAUCCGCGGCCGGGCUUCCGGCUGCCCUUUCCUUCAGCCUCCUGCCCGUCGACGUACUUUCGGCCACAUAUGUCACGCGGGUCGGCCGGGCCCGUGUGUGCUUUUCGUCGCCCCGCGCAGCGGCCGAUUGCCGGCGCGCUCUCGACGGCCUGGGGUAUCCCUUUUUCCUGGGCCGGGGUCAGGACGCCACCACCACCUCCGAGGCAUCGGUCUUCCGCCUGGCACCGGAUGCCGCGCCCACGGCCAUCCGGGCCUUCUUCGAUAUUGAGCCGGCUGCAGCCGGGGCAAAUGCCUCGACCACACCCCCGAACACCGCCAUUAGCCAGGUUCGCGCGACGGUCGACACCCUGCAUGGCGAUGCCUCCCCCUCCCCCUUCUCCUCCGCAGCCUCCCGGGUCUCGGCAACCGUCACCGCCACCACCGGUGGGCAAACUCUCCUGCCGCCGAGUCAAGAUGAGACACACUCCUUUGCCCUGUCUCCGCCACCGCCACGGCGUCUCACCGGCCGGGCCCCCAGGGGCUGGCGCCCUCGGCGCGAGGAUGACCCGGUCGCCGGGCUGGCUCUCAGUAUGCGGGCCCUGGCGCUGGAAUUGCCGGAAGCCGCACGGCGCAAGCUGACCGCCGGGAUGGACACCGGCGCCGAGAGGGGCGAUGGCACGGAGGACGGGGCGCUUCCCUGCUCGGAGAGUCUUCUCCGGGCACUGUCCGGGGGGCCUAGCACCGCCGGGCCCCGUGGCAUCGAUGGCCUGGCACUGGAGGGCGGCCUGACUCUCUUCCGGCCGAGUGUCGUCACCAGUCCCGGGUCCGGGCCCGGACCCGAGCCCGGUAUCGACUCGCCGAUGUCGCCGGCCGCCCCCCCGCCGCCGACCAUUCUCAUCUCACAGGCCGACUGAUUGGCCUGGCUUCCUGCCGAAAUAAAGUCACAAAAAGCACCAGCCCACCGUCUGUUGCCUCUGCCCCGGGACGCAAAAGCAUGGCACCAGGCGUGGCAUCACCCAAGAAACACACACGCACACACGCACA